AUGCGCCCCAUAUAUGUUUUGCUCAAAUGUAGAAGUGAAUUCGGCAGAACAGGUCGACAAUACUACCGAUCCAUAAAGCUGCGAGGAAAGAAAGACACACAACCGGUUAGCACAAUUAUUAGGGCAAAGGAAGUGGAGUGUUUUUCUCUGCUUAAUAAGCCCCUUUUUCCUGGACUCUCCUACGUGCUAAAUGCUGAUAGAAACCUUGUGAAGAGUUUCGAAAAAUGCAAAAAAAAAAGUGCACACAUAGGACUUUUUCUUUUAAAAAAUGUGGAAAAUGAGCAAGUAGGAGGCUUCUCUACAGACGCACAGUUUAUUAUGGAUAUGCCUGUCGGAGGAAAAACCGUUUUGAAGAAAGACAUAUCCUUCAUUAACGAUGUAGAAGAUGUGUACCACUGCGGAUCGGUAGGGCUUAUCCGAGAGGUCCUCUACAACGAUGAUCAGCCCAGAAACGACACGGAGGGGAGACGUAGCCCAGCAGAGAAGAUUCCCCAAAAGAGUAGCGCAUUGGAUAGAACAGAAAGAGUAGUCUGUAGUAGGGAUGACUCCCAUGAUGGGAAGGAGCGAGACGAAAGGACGGGGUCCCUAUUGGAUCAAUCCAAACAUAUGCAUCGAGUGGUCAUUGAAAUUGCGGAAAAGGUGAAAAUUGAAAAGUGGGUCAAGGGGAAUACAGCCCAUGUGGACGUAAUUAAGGAACACAUAUCCUGCACGCGAAAUGGAAAGCAAAUAAAAGCUUACCAAAUGGAGGUCGUAGACAAAAUAAAAGAAAUAAUACAAAUAAAUAGUGCGUGCAGUGUUGAAUAUAAUUUAUUGUUAAAAUAUUAUGAUGUGAAAAAUGUAUACAGUUUGGUGAACCUGGUAGGUAGCAUAACCAUGGGGAAUAGGAAUUCCCUUCAGGCUCUGCUAGAAAAAACGGAUAUAGAGGAUCAGCUAGCCACCUGCUUGGACCUACUAAAUGAAGAUAUUCUUUUGUUAAAAAUGAAGAAAGAAUUAUCGACAAAUUUAAAAAACAAAUUUAAUGAUGAGAAAGAGAAACUAAUGAUAAGGGAGUGCAUUUCUAAUUUGAAAAAAAAAAUAGGAGAAAAAACCGACCACGAAAUUUUAUGCGAUAAUUUUUUGGCCAAAUUUCAAUCGAAGAGGAGUCAUAUGGAUGAGGAAGCUUCCACUGCUAUCCUACGCGAAAUUAACAAAUUCGCUUUGUACAAUGAACACUGCAAUGAUUAUGCGUCCACCUACCAGUACCUCAACACGGUGUUGAGCAUCCCCUUUGGAAAGUAUGCACCUCUUUGUGAAGAUAUAAGUGCAUGCGAAAGGACAUUAACACAAAGUCACUACGGAAUGCAGCAAGUGAAGAAAUACAUUUUAGAAUAUGUAGGCUUGUAUAUACUAAACAAAAAUGUGAAACCUAAAAUACUUACCCUUGUUGGUUGUCCGGGCAUUGGGAAAACCUCCAUCUGUAAAUCAAUCAGCUCGGCGUUACAACUCCCCCACUAUGUAAUUAACAUGAACAAUAUUACUAACAUGAAUGAGCUCAUUGGGCAUAGGAGAACGUAUGUGAAUAGCUACGAGGGGAAAAUCGUACAAGCUCUCAUUUCAACAAAUGUAAUGAACCCCUUAAUCGUCCUGGAUGAAAUAGAUAAAAUGUCCUUUACAAAUGGCAACCUAUAUUCUACUCUCCUAAACCUUGUAGAUAGCUCACAGAAUAAGGCGUAUAAAGAUGUGUAUGUAAAUUUCCCCAUUAAUUUGGAGAGAGCUUUUUUUAUUUGCACCGCUAACUCGGUGGAGCACAUCCCAGAAACUUUGCUAGAUCGAAUGGAAAUUGUAAAUGUGUAUCCCUACACCAAUGAGGAAAAAAUUUUUAUUUUUAAAAAUUACUUGGAAAAAAAAUUGCAGGAAGAAACUAAAGUGACGAAUGUACAUCUGAACAUGUCGGAAGAACUACUCCUUUACCUUAUCCAACAUUAUACCAACGAGAAUGGCAUACGGCAAUUUUACUCUCUUGUUUAUAAUAUAUACAAAAAGAGAGCCUUCAUGUUGUUAAAAGGGGUUACUGGGAGGGUCGAUUUGGGGGUCCACAAUUUGCACGUCUUGCACAAAUAUGUGAGCUUUGAUUUUCUGCGGCAGCGGGGAGGCGUUCAAGCCAUUCCCUGCAGGAAUGAGGGCAUGAUCAAGUCGCUCGCUUUUACGGAGGAUGGCGGACAGGUGGUCACAAUAGAAGUGGUUGGCCUAGCGGGGGGAAAUUCCAACGUGCACUGCACGGACGCCUUUCUAAGGAAUACCGCUCAGGGGGAGGAACUGCUCCUUGUGCAACCUACCCCGCGUAGGAACCAAUUCGCCAUGGCGGACGAGACGAUGCACCCAUCAGCGCUGUUGCGCUCUUCCCAAUUGGGGAAACGUGGUGGAGAAGAUGUGUGUCACCACGGAAUGGCUGCAGCCCCCACCUCAUCACAUAUGGUGGAGCCCCCCUUCAUUGACGCUGACAACCCACCCUUUGCGAUACAGAAGGGAAGUGAAGGUACGCAUGGGAUCAAGCACCUGGAGAGAACUUGGCCGCCAGACCCCUACCAAAUUGUUAUUACCGGAAACGUGGGUAAAAUCAUGCAAGAAAGCAUCCUCAUAGCGAAUACCCUUGCCACCCAUCUGAUGAAAAAGGUGGUUCCCACUUUUCAGGGUCAAUAUUUACACAUCAAUUUGAGCGAGUGCGAUGUGAAGAAAGAUGGGCCCAGUGCAGGUGUGAAUUUCGUUACUUCCAUUGUGUCCUACUACCUAAAAACGGCUGUGAGUAGUUCCGUGUGCAUGACUGGGGAGAUUACCCUUAACGGCCAUGUGGUGAAGAUUGGGGGGCUAGUUGAAAAAAUGAUCGUUGCGAGAAAUUUCGGAAUACGAACCCUAAUCAUACCCAGGGACAAUGCACAGGAUUACGAACUCCUGCCAAGUGCUGUGAAGGGAAACAUCCGGGUGCUAUAUGUUCACCACUAUUAUCAAAUCUUUAAUUUCCUUUUCCCCAAGUUUGGCCCCUUAUCGCCCUAG